AAAGUUCCCCAAAAGAUGGCAGCAAAAACUCCCAGCACUGAGGAGGAGCCUUUGCCCAAACUUCCAGUGCCCCCCCUGCAGCAGACCCUCGCCACUUACCUGCGAUGCAUGCAGCAUCUGGUACCUGAGGAACAGUUUAGAAGGAGUCAAGCCAUUGUGCAGCGGUUUGGGGCCCCGGGUGGCCUUGGGGAGACCCUUCAGCAAAAGCUCCUAGAACGACAGAAGAAGACAGCCAAUUGGGUGUCUGAGUACUGGCUGAAUGACAUGUAUCUCAAUAACCGCCUGGCCUUGCCCGUGAACUCCAGCCCAGCUGUGAUCUUCGCCCGGCAGCACUUCCCGGACACGAACGACCAGCUGAGGUUUGCAGCCAACCUCAUCUCUGGUGUGCUCCACUACAAGACCCUGCUGGACAGCCACUCCAUCCCCACCGACUGUGCCAAGGGCCAGCUGUCAGGGCAGCCACUCUGUAUGAAGCAAUACUAUGGGCUCUUCUCCUCCUACCGGCUCCCUGGCCACACCCAGGACACACUGGUGGCCCAGAAGAGCAGUGUCAUGCCUGAGCCAGAGCACGUCAUCGUGGCCUGCUGCAACCAGUUCUUUGUCUUGGAUGUUGUCAUUAAUUUCCGCCGUCUCAGUGAGGGGGAUCUGUUCACUCAGUUGAGAAAGAUAGUCAAAAUGGCUUCCAACGAGGAUGAACGCUUGCCUCCAAUCGGCCUGCUGACGUCAGAAGGGAGGAGCGAGUGGGCUGAGGCCAGGACGGUCCUCGUGAAAGACUCCACCAACCGGGACGCACUGGAUAUGAUUGAACGCUGCAUCUGUCUUGUGUGCCUGGAUGCCCCGGCGGGCGUGGAGCUCAGCGACACCAACAGGGCUCUUCAGCUCCUUCACGGCGGAGGCUGCAGCCAGAAUGGGGCGAACCGCUGGUAUGACAAAUCCCUGCAGUUCGUGGUGGGCCGCGAUGGCACAUGCGGCGUCGUGUGCGAGCACUCCCCGUUUGAUGGAAUCGUCCUGGUGCAGUGCACGGAGCAUCUGCUCAAGCACAUGGUGAAGAGCAGCAAGAAGCUGGUCCGAGCAGACUCUGUCAGCGAGCUCCCAGCCCCCAGGAGGCUGCGUUGGAAGUGCUCCCCGGAAAUCCAAGGCCUCUUAGCCUCGUCAGCGGAAAAACUUCAACGAAUAGUAAAGAAUCUUGACUUCAUUGUGUAUAAGUUUGACGUCUUUGGGAAAACAUUCAUUAAGAAGCAGAAAUGCAGUCCUGAUGCUUUCAUCCAGGUGGCCCUCCAGCUGGCCUUCUACAGGCUCCACAGGAGACUCGUGGCCACCUACGAGAGCGCGUCCAUUCGCCGGUUCCAGGAGGGCCGCGUGGACAACAUUCGCUCAGCCACUCCGGAGGCGCUGAGUUUUGUGAAGGCCGUCACUGACCACAAGGCUGCCAUGCCAGAUUCAGAGAAGCUGCUACUUCUGAAGGAUGCCAUCCGAGCCCAGACCGAGUACACAGUCAUGGCCAUAACAGGGAUGGCCAUCGACAACCACUUGCUGGCGCUGCGGGAGCUAGCUCGGGACACGUGCAAGGAGCUGCCCGAGAUGUUCACAGAUGAAACAUACCUGACCAGCAACCGGUUCGUCCUCUCAACCAGCCAGGUGCCCACAACCAUGGAGAUGUUUUGCUGCUAUGGCCCCGUGGUGCCGGACGGCUACGGGGCCUGCUACAACCCCCAGCCAGAGAAUAUCCUUUUCUGCAUCUCCAGCUUUCACGGCUGCAAGGAAACCUCUUCUACCAAGUUUGCGAAAGCAGUGGAAGAGAGCCUCCUUGAAAUGAGGGACCUGUGCAGUCCGCCACAGUCUACAGGGGGCAAGCCACUGGCGCCACAAGAAAAAGCAACAAGGCCCAUUCAGGGGCACCAACCUUGA